AUGGACAAAAUGUUAAAUACGCAGCCACGCCGUCUGUUGGCCCGGGCGCGACCGAGAACAUUGCUCGUCGCUCUGUUCUUGGUCUCCGCCGGCUAUUUUUUCCUUUUCUCGUCAUCGGCGCCUCACUUCCACCCUGUACCGCAUCUUCAGAACCCCGAAUCGAACGACAAUGCCAACAAUAAGCCUGUAGACAAUCAAGUCGAUAAGGUCGACAAUCACGUUGAACAGCCCGACAGUUUUGUCGACCAAAACAAGCCACCGGGUGCCGGGUUCUUCGAUGUCCCUGAAGUCAAGAACAAAUGGGAUGUUGACAUUGAAGAUAUCAGGGAUUGGAAGGAAGCAGAUGAUAGGGAAGACUAUGACGAUGUCGAACCAGGAUACGAGACCGAUGGGAAGGAGCGAGAUGCGGGCACCAUUAGCAGGCUUCUAGCUGAAAAAGACAUGAGGAAAUUAUGGCGCUAUUCUUACCGAAUCACCGCAGACUCACCAUCGUCGAACCUGAUCUACGGCAACACGGUCAAAACUCUUGACUACAAGGAUAACCGAACUGCGAAGCACGCACAACAAUUGAGGGAAGACCCCAACGUUCAUCUGCAGUUCACUGAGGACAAGCCAGUUCGCUUUAACCCAUUUCCCGACUACAACAGUGACACAUGGAAGACCGCCAACCAUGCGCCUUACGUCCCCUGCAUCGGCGCCACUGGAGAGUUUGUCGAAGAUGUCAUGGUCUUCAAGGGACGUCCCAGCCGAUUCCCAUCCCCUAAAUUUGGAAGCUACGACGUCUUGGACAUGGAUGCCAAUCUCUGCUGGGAGCGGGAAACACGUCUAGGCCAAUAUGGCUAUGUACAACAAAAGAAGAAGAACCCCGGUGGUGAGCUCGCGCCCAUCAACUGGGACAAUGUCAAUUGGGGUGACCUCCAGCGAAAAUGUGUUCACAAGAACGCAAGACGUUUCGAUCUCAAGAAGAGUCGCAAGAACCCAUAUCUCGAAGCUUACUCCGAGACAUCCAAACCAGACGAUACUGUAACUCAUGGACUAAAUGGUGCUCCCAAAAUCAAGACACGGUUUACUGAGGAGGCCUAUCCCGAGAUUCGGUCCGACAGCAGCGACUUCGUCAAGGAAAACCGCACAGCGAUUCUACUUCGGUCGUAUACUGGGAAAAAAUACACCGAGAAUGACAAACAGGUGAUUCGUGCUAUGAUCAACGAACUGUCGCUGAAGUCUGGAGGAGAGUAUGAAGUUUUCCUCCUCGUCCAUGUCAAGGACCGCGAGCUGCGAAUCUUCGACGAUUCUGAGACGCACCAGAGGGUCAUCCGUGAAAACAUCCCUGAUGAAUUCCACGGCAUCACCGUUCUCUGGAACGACGAGGUCGUUUGGGACAUUUACACCGAACUCAAGGACGAAAACGAAAGGACCGUCCACACAGCUCAGUGGCUUUCAGUCCAAAAGUUCAGCCACGACCAUCCUGAGUUCGACUUCAUUUGGAAUUGGGAGAUGGACUUUCGCUACACCGGGCAUCACUAUGAUCUCCUCGAGAAACUGUCUGGUUUCGCACGCAAACAGCCACGUAGAGGCUUAUGGGAAAGAAGCGAGCGCUGGUAUGUCCCAGAGUACCAUGGUGAUUACGACACGACGUUCCGCAAGGACGUCGAAUCUCGCCACAAGACCGGCACUGUAUGGGGCGCCCCCGACCUACCAUUUAUUAACCCUGUCGGCCCGAAACCACCCACCAAGACCCCCGAAGAGGAUGACUACACAUGGGGUGUUGGAGAGGAAGCUGACAUGAUUACCGUCGGGCCAAUCUUCAACCCUAUUCACAGUAACUGGAUCAUCGGGUCCCAUGUCUGGGGUUACAAUGAUGAGACACAUCAUUCAGAAGAUGUUCCUCGCCGUACCACUAUUGUUACGCAGUCUCGAGUCUCCAAGCGCUUGUUAGAUGUCAUGCACGUGGAGAACAUGCGCGGCAACCACGUGGCUUCUGAGAUGACCCCUCAAACCGUGGCACUCCUGCAUGGUUUCAAGGCAGUCUUUGCUCCUCACCCUGUAUUCAUGGAUAGAGAGUGGGACGGCAAGUUUGUCAACAAGUGGUUCAACCCCGGCGUCCAUGGCGAGAGCGGUGGAUACGGCAGUCCCAUGGGCUGGGGACGCGAGCGACGGUAUCAGGGCGUCACUUGGUAUUAUCGUGCAGAACCACCCAAUCGCCUUUACAACAACUGGAUGGGCUGGACCGACACCAACAUCGGUGGUGCCCAGUGGGAGAGGAAGCAUGGCCGCCCAUGCCUCCCCUCAAUCAUGCUGCACCCUGUCAAAGAUUCUGAACCCACAAAACCAGGCCAUGCUUCAGGCUUUGAACUUGCUUAUGGCUAA